AGUCAUACAUCUUGGGUCUCGUUCUCCAAUAUCCUCCUAAGUUUGUUCUUAAAUGUGUUUUUGAGGAAAGUGGGAUUCCUGACGUGUUCUUAAAGCGCAGAACUGUUCUCACCUUUGUGCUCUUGAGUGUGUUUAGAUUCUGUUCUGAGCUAAGAACAAACCCCAGGUCAGAAAACACUGGCGAAUCUUUGAGAAAAGUGGGGUUUUAAGAAGUUUCUUCUUGCCACCAUUGGUGGCAGCCCUAAACACAUGGUUUAGCCAGGUGAGGAUCACGGGCUGUGGAACGGCCAGGAGUUUUGGCACAUAGAAGAACCUGGCACAGGAGCACUGAAGCUUGGAUGUGGCAGUGGAAAAGCGCUCAGAAGCAGCUGGCCCUCGCAGCCUAAGCCGCGGAAAUGCUGAUAUUGUGUUGUCGGCUUGUUCCAGAUCACGUUUCGGUGGAAGCUUUUUAUAACAGAUCUGUUUCCUCCUGUUUGCGGUGCUGUACAUCGUGUCUUACUGCAUCAUCACACGCUACAAGAGGAAGAGUGAUGACCAUGAAGAUGAAGAUGCCGUCGUCAACAGGAUAUCUAUGUACCUCUGUACGUUUACGCUGGCGGUGUCUGGAGGGGCCGUCCUCCUCCUUCCCUUCUCUAUAAUCAGCAAUGAGAUCCUCCUCUCCCUGCCCAAGAACUACUACAUCCAGUGGCUCAAUGGCUCCCUCAUCCACGGGCUGUGGAAUCUGGUGUCUCUCUUCUCCAACCUCUGUCUCUUCGUGCUCAUGCCUUUCGCUUAUUUCUUCCUGGAGUCUGAGGGCUUCGCUGGCUCCAAAAAGGGCAUCAAGGCGCGCGUGUUGGAGACGUUCGUGAUGCUCUUCCUCCUCGGCCUCCUCAUCCUGGGGAUCGUGUGGGUCGCGUCCGCCCUCAUAGACAAUGACGCCGCGAGCAUGGAGUCUUUGUAUGCAGACCUCUGGGAGUUCUACCUGCCGUACCUCUACUCCUGCAUCUCUCUGAUGGGCGGCCUGCUGCUCCUCAUGUGUACUCCAGUGGGUCUGUCCCGAAUGUUCACCGUGAUGGGUCAGCUGUUAGUGAAGCCCACGAUUUUGGAGGACCUGGAUGAGCAGAUGUACUGCAUUCAGCUACAGGAAGAGGCCCUGCAGCACAAGCUCAAUGGCUCGGCGUCCAAUUCCUAUUUGCGGCCGAAUUCCCAGCAUCUCUACAAGGAGCUUGACAACAUCCGCACCCAGAGGACCAAGCUAGAGAGGAAGAAAAAGGCCUCGGCCUGGGAGAAGAACCUGCUUUACCCGAUCGUGAUGCUGAUUCUGCUUGCUGGCACGGCGAUUUCAGUCUUCCUGGUGGCUCUGAACAUCUUGUACCUGCUUGUGGACGAAACGGCGCUGCCGAAGGGGUCAGCGGAUCCAGACAUUGGCAACGCAUCCCUGUCCACUUUUGGUGUCGUCCAGGCAGUGGUUGAAAUCAUCCUCAUGAUUUACCUGAUGGUUUCCUCUGUGGUGGGCUUCUACAGCCUCCGCAUCUUCAAAGGGCUCACGCCCAGGAAGGACGACACCACCAUGACCACGAUCAUCGGUUGCUGUGUGUCUAUCUUGGUCUUGAGCUCCGCGUUGCCGGUCAUGUCCCGAACACUCGGAAUAACCAGGUUUGACUUGCUGGGAGAUUUUGGCCGAUUUAAUUGGUUGGGAAACUUCUACAUCGUCCUGUCCUACAAUCUCCUGUUUGCCGUGGUGACCACGUUGUGUCUGGUGCGAAAGUUCACCUCCGCUGUGAGAGAGGAGCUCCUCAAAGCUCUGGGUCUGGAUAAAUUGAACCUGUCAAACAGCCCGACGGAGCCGGAGCCGGGCAAAAUAGCCGCUAACGGACAUCAGAAAAGUCUCUGAGACGCUCGCGCACACAUACGCGCUGGGUAUGGGUCGGGUAUGUGUUUUCACGAGCAAAGAAAGGGUGGCGCCCUUAAAUUUGCUCCUUAAAAAGAAUGAAAAAUGUUCCUGAAAUAAGAAGUUAACAGCCUCGGUCCGACUCCAAGGCAGAAGACGGAUCACCAAGCGAGCGGAAUGUCUGCAGGACGUUGUGAAUCGUGUCCAGUUCGACUGUGCUGUCCUCUGUCGGUCCUCUCACGUGCGGAGACGCGAGACAUUGUAGCCGUUUUGUACAGUUUUCCAUCGCGCUGCGGUGUAUAUUCGUUUAUUUAAGAGGCUUUCAUUUCUCCGACAAUCUUUUCCGUUAUUCUGUUCCUUUUUCUACUCACUGCUCUCCACGUUUGAAGAGCCUUUCGACUGCACUCCUCUGAUUCCAUUCGUUCCCUUUUUUUUCAUUGGUUGUUGGAAAGCUGGUUAGCUCAGUAUGGCUCAUCUGACCAGCCAGCGUAGGCUUAUAAGCUUCUGUGAUGCCUUAUAACACUACUUAUUGAUAGCCUGUCAUGGCUUACUCACCUGUGCAGGGUGUUUCAUGUAAAAGGUAAAAUGGCCAACGUUAAGUGUCCGCAAAAUCAGAUUAGCUCUUAGACAAGCAGGUCAGUGACUGGCGUCUUACUGCAGAGUGCGGUUAUGUUGUUCUACGCUGCCCCUUGCAGUGGUCUACAGGCUUUUGUGCUGAAGUAGAUGAAGGACCACGUUAUAUUCAUUGCCAGUAGUAAAGGAAAAGGCUGAUGGUCGACUGUAAACCUUCCCGUUUGCCUUUCUUUGUCCUGUUUUUUCGGUCAUCCCAACAUUGUUUUUGUAGUUUUUCGCCUUCCUAGUGAUCAAACAUCGAACUACCACUUACAUGUUUGCCUUAUUUACGGGGAAAUCUGUAAUGUAACGUGCUGAAGCACCGAGCUGGUAUUUGUGAAGGUGCUUCGCUUCGCAUCAAAAGCUGCAGCAACUCAAGUCAAAUGUGAAUUCUGAUCUGACACACUUGGCCAUUCGCAUGUAUUAUAGCACAUUUAGCUCCACAAGUAGCUGCUGUUUACCGAGACCAGUGUAGGAAGCUAAAGUGGACAGAGCAGCACUGGCUGUGCUUUGCUGAAACGUGCAAGCCUUAAUUCCUUUCUGACUAUUAUUUGACAGUUACUGAUCUCGUGGUUGGUUUGCGUUUGUUUGUCAGGACUCACAGGCUGGUUUUGGUAGCUCGGAUAUUUUGCUCAAAAACAAAACAAAACACAAAAAAAAAAAAAAUCUUAACGUAAAAGUUCCAUUUCUAUGUGUAUAUAGACGUUUCUUUCCGGCAGAAUGUUCAGCACUCUGCAGAAGUCAGAGAAACACCCUCGUUUGUUUGAUUUCCAGGCAAUACAGGCCCGAAGUGAGUUCUUCAAAAAAACUGAACUUCAGAUGUUUGAGUGGUUCUCCACCUUCAUUCCAGCUUCCAUUCUUUUCAGGAGACUCACUCUCAGUUCCUCAAAGAAUCUGUAGACACGCCUCAAGUUCAGGCGUAGAAGUUGGUUUAGCCGUUUUUGCUUCUCACCAUCCAAAUUAGCCCAGUUACACAUUUAGGCUCAUGCAACGUCACUCCACACCUCCACCGUCCAGCUCUGGUGCUUUUGUGUUCAUUUUCAGUUUUGUCUUAUUUCUUUUUUUCACUAAGAGCUUUUUAGCAGCUACGCGUCCCGUAACGUUGUGGAAUUUUUCAGAUUUUGAUUGUUUUGGAAACUCAUGUUCAUUUGUCUUUCGACAGGGGAGUUUUAGGGCCACUGUUAAAAAAAUGAGAAUAAACUUUGAGAAUGAAGUCGUAAUAUUUUGAGAAUGAAGUCAGAAUUACGACAUUAUAGUGGCUUUAAGUUCAGGAAUAGUCACAGUAUUUUGUAAAAGGAAGUCGUCAACAUCUUGGUGUUAAAGUGAGUUGGUGGAGCUGCACUUUCGUAUCGAUUCCCCCAUAAAGAGACACUCAGCCCCCCGUCUCUCCUGCUCAUCAGCACCUGCCUGGUAUCAGUGUAAGAACCGGCUGAAACGGCCGAGCAGGAAACUGGUAAUCUAGAAUAAAGAGCCAGAUGGAGUCAGACAGGGUGGUCUACACGGCUGUCGGGGGCUUCAUCUUCCCCCAUUUAAGGAGAGCAUGAAGUUUCACAGACAGUGAGGAUGAAGAUCAAAAUGAUCGAUCCCUGGAACUUCGUCCUUAACAGUACAGCAACUGAGACCCCAGCGCGUUAUGGCAGCCCCCCUACAGUUACUCCACUUUAUGCUCCAAAUAUCACAAGUUUUUCAAUUUUACGACAAAAUAUUAGAAAAGUACAAAGUCAAAGUAUUCAAAAUAUUGCGACUUUAAUCUCGAAAUAUUGCGACUUUAAUCUCGAAAUAUUGUGACUUUAGUCUUGAAAUAUUGCGAUUUUAAUCUCGAAAUAUUGUGACUUUAGUCUUGAAAUAUUGUGACUUUAAUCUCGAAAUAUUGUGACUUUAGUCUUGAAAUAUUGUGACUUUAAUCUCGAAAUAUUGUGACUUUAGUCUUGAAAUAUUGUGACUUUAAUCUCGAAAUAUUGUGACUUUAGUCUUGAAAUAUUGCGAUUUUAAUCUCGAAAUAUUGUGACUUUAGUCUUGAAAUAUUGUGACUUUAAUCUCGAAAUAUUGUGACUUUAGUCUUGAAAUAUUGUGACUUUAAUCUCGAAAUAUUGUGACUUUAGUCUUGAAAUAUUGUGACUUUAAUCUCGAAAUAUUGUGACUUUAGUCUUGAAAUAUUGCGACUUUAUUCUUGAAAUAUUGCGACUUUAUUCUUGAAAUAUUGCGACUUUAUUCUCGAAAUAUUGCGACUUUAAUCUCGAAAUAUUGUGACUUUAGUCUUGAAAUAUUGCGAUUUUAAUCUCGAAAUAUUGUGACUUUAGUCUUGAAAUAUUGUGACUUUAAUCUCGAAAUAUUGUGACUUUAGUCUUGAAAUAUUGUGACUUUAAUCUCGAAAUAUUGUGACUUUAGUCUUGAAAUAUUGCGAUUUUAAUCUCGAAAUAUUGUGACUUUAGUCUUGAAAUAUUGCGACUUUAAUCUCGAAAUAUUGUGACUUUAGUCUUGAAAUAUUGUGACUUUAGUCUUGAAAUAUUGUGACUUUAAUCUCGAAAUAUUGUGACUUUAUUCUUGAAAUAUUGCGACUUUAUUCUUGAAAUAUUGCGACUUUAUUCUUGAAAUAUUGCGACUUUAUUCUCAAAAUAUUACGACUUUAUUUGUCAGUUAUUAAUAUUUUUUUUAACAUGGCCCUUUUUUAACAUAUGCCGUCAUAUCCUUCUCUUUACUUAGCAAAAGGAUUAUUUUCCAUCUGAUCUCCUCAGAAACAUCUGAAAAAACAAUCUAAUAAGAUUUAAACUCAUAAUUAAUGGCCAUUUCGACUGCAAAUCAAAUAAAUGGGUGACUGUAGAUGUGGCACAUUUGGCGUCCGAGCCUUAUGUACAGUGUGUUAUUCGUAGAACUGGCCAGAGAAGCGGUCACUCUGCGACAUCGUCUGUUGUCAAAAAUUCACCUCUGAUGCCUUAAACAGGGGAGGAAUUUAUAGGCUUUUCUAGUAGUUGUCCCGCACUGUGUGUGUGUGUGUGUGUGUGUGUGUGUGUGUGUGAGUAAAUCUGCGUGAGAGUGUAUAUGAGCACCUUUUGAUAGACUAAUUCACUGUGAACCCUCAUGUGACUGUCAGAACAUAAAACCACAAACCAAACAAACACACCACGAAGGCAGGAGCUACAAAGGCCAAAGGCCACGUCGGAUACAAUCAAACUCUGAGAGCUGGAAUGAUUUCGGGGCUUCUUGUGGUUUUAAAGUGUGAUUGGACUCUUCUGUCGUAUUAAGGUUAAAAGGUUCACAUGAGGGACACUGGAUUCGUAGCCUGUGAAAAGGUCGGGUGAAUAAAGAAAAGCUCACGCGUGUUUUGGUGAAUUUCGCCGUCGUGAAUGAAGGACGAUCGUUUUGUAAUAUAAUAUGUUCAAAGUAUGCAAUUUUUCUUGUUGAUUUGCACAAGGAUUCAGUGUUUUGUAUGAAAUGUUCCUGGGGGAGGACGUGUGCAUUAAUCGAUGGGAGGGGAUUUUCUCAGACGGAGAGUCAAAGCGCUAUCGCUCUCGCCUUCAUGAGAACCUCACCAUGGACCUCUGAAGUCGUGCCGUCAUUCUGCAGUAGAAGGGUCUCCGGGUCUGAGCCGGUUUUCUUUACGGGAAAAAUGAGCGAUAUUUAAUCUCAAAGUAUUGCAGCUUUAAUCUCGAAAUAUUAGGACUUUAAUCUCGAAAUAUUACCAUUUUAAUCUCUAAAUAUUGUGGUUUUAAUCUCGAAAUAUUACGACUUUAAUCUCAAAAAAACGUUUUUGUCAUUUUUUUUCAGUGUUUUUGUUUUUUGUGAUUCCCCCCAUUAUAACCUCCGGUAUUCUUACACCCUUUUUGGUGCUAUAUAGAACUUUUUAAAAUGUUAUAUACAGAACCAGCUACAGCACAUUGUCCAUUAAUCUGAAGAACACUGUCGUGAUGCAAAGAACCCUUGAAUCAUGCAAAUGGGUUCUUUGUGUGUUCAAGGGUUCUGUAUGGAGCUAAAUUACUAAAGAACCCUUAAAGAGCCAUCAUUUUUAAGAAUGUACAUAAAACACUUAUUACAGUAGUUUAAGUUGACUGAUCACAUGGUGAUCGUGACCCUUUCUGGCUUUUGGUUUAUGGUUUAAGAGUGUAGAGUUUCGGAACUCGACAGUUUGUGAUGUUUUAGGCGUAGAGUUAGGACGAAGGAAAAGAUCUAAUUGCGAUUUUUCUAACCUUUGGCUUUAACCAAAUUAAGAUAGAGGCCUGUUUAGUUUGGGAAUAUAAAUUUAUUUCUAGCUUAAAGCUUGAAUGCACUCGUGUUAUCAAAACUGCAGCUGUUGCGAUUUGAAAUUUGCGCUCUUUAAUAUUGUGAUUUUUAUAUGAAAAAUGAUUAAUCGUUAGUUCUUAGCACGGUUCAUAUUUGGCCACCUUAACACAGAGGAUCCAGAGACAUUCUGGGGAAAAUAUACAUGCCAGAAGAUUAUCGUUCGCCAUGAGACACUUUUCAAAAACUCUCAUAAAGGAGACCAGCUUAGACCUGAACUUCCUGAUACAGGCGUCUCAGCAGCUACUGAAGGAGAACGCGACUUCAGAGGUCUUUAAAGGACCAUAUAUGCUGACCAUAGAUGGAUUGCGUAAAAGCUGAGGGAUGUCCUACCUCUGGUUUCUGUGAGCCAGUCACAUUGGGUUGAUCAAAGCAGGAUAUUUACAGUGAAUUAUGCUCAUUAUACUGUGAAACGAAAAGGGAACUAGUCCAUUAAUUCCCUCGCAGUGGUCAGUUUUUGUUAGUUUUAUUUUUUAUUUUUUUGGGGUCUUUCUUUCAUCACCACCACAAUUCCGAGUCUUUCAAGCUGAAAUAAAUGGUCUUAACGCAUAUCCACUGCUGGGGUCUUUGAUUUCUCAGAAGUGAGGAGAGUUUUCGUAUCUUAUAUCGUUCUAGCAGCCGUUCCGUGUAGACGUUAGUACCUGAGCCUGCACUCGGAGGAACGUGAGUGCUAAGAGAAGCUCCAGCGCUUCUGUCUGUCCACAACGUGUGAAUGUAUCUUUGUUCAGUAUUUUUAUUUCUUCUCUGUUUGUGUUUGUGUGUUUCUCCCUGACGUCCUGUUUGUGGUAUUUGUAUAGUCCAGUACCUUCUUUUAAGUUUACAUUGUACAUUUUUCUGUUUACAAUAAAGUUUGUGACUUCGUGGCUUG